GGAAUUAGCUUGCUGGCGGUAUCAAAUUUAGGACAAAGCAUGUUGUGAAAGUUCACGAGUAUCCCCUUGCACUAUCGAGAUUUCUAUGCUAUACCCCUUUUUCAAAGCAUGAAAGAUGGCUUUGGAUAUCAGUUCUGCCUGCGUUUCAUUUGAGAAUGCCAUUGGGAUCAAGGAGAAAAGCCAGAAGUCAAUGAUUUGUGACGAUCGUUCUCAUACAUAUUUUCUUAUCUUGCCGAAAGCAUGUGAGACCUCACAAAUUAUUUUUUUGAUAUGCCCUAUCUCAUGGCUAAGCCUUUUCCUGUAAGUGCAGAAGGUUAUUCUUUUCAACGUCAAUUGAACCUCCAUAAUAUGUCAAUUUCGUUUUAGAGGUCAUACAUAUCCGGCUCGAUGCUUCGGUAAAGGUUGUAGAAGGAUACAUUCAUUCGUAUUUUGAGAAAAUUCUCCCACAAAAAUCCCUUCAGAUACGACGGCAGUGUCACAGAUCAUGUCGGUCGAUUUACAGCAACGUCGAGCUCGGAAUAUUGGGUUUGGGGCUUUAAUUCUCCUCAUAAUCAUCUGGACAGUCAAACUCUCUAAUCCGAACCAUAAUGCCAUUAACAUUUAUUCGAAUCACACGAAAAGUUUCAACUCAUCGAAAUUGGCAUUUUCCCUUCCAAAUUUGUUCUCAGGAGAAAAGGCAAAUGCUACAACACAAGCGACUCUUGUAACGGAUGAAUUUGGAGAUUACUUCAACGGAACUAUUUUCAAUAAAGUGGCAGUGAUAAUAGAGGAUAGUUAUCGUCCUGAAGUUAUACCUCUAGUCCUGCACUUUGGUAGUGUUCUUGGCCCAACAUGGCCUAUACUCAUAUAUACUUCAAUCGAAGACGUUGCCCAAUUUUCCACAUCUGCGGCACUCUCUCGAUACCUUAAACAGGGUCUCAUUCAAAUCCGAAAUCUUCCACAAACGGUUCUUUUCACAGACCUCAAAGCAAGAAACAAAUUCAUGACAGAUACAUGGUUAUGGGAGAAUCUCGCACCGGCAGAGCAUAUCCUACUUUUUGAUAGCGAUAGCAUGUUGUGUUCCAAUGCUGCAACGAGUGUUGAUGAUUUCUUUGCCUAUGACUUGAUUGGAACGCCUGUCAAGGAUAAGGGCCACAGAGGAGGAUUGAGUAUGAGGAAAAGGAGUAUCAUAUUAAGGGUUUUAGACAAUUGGGACUUUGCUGACGACAUGAAAAGGAUAGAGGAUGAGAAGAAGAGAAAAGAAGAGAAACAGAAGAAAAAGGAAGAAGAGCAGAAGAAGAAAGAGGAAGAGCAAAAGAAGAAAGAGGAAGCUCAGAAAAAGAAACUUGAGGAAGAAAAGAAGAAGAAAUUGGAUCAGGAAGUGAAGAAAAAGCUGGAAGGGCAGAGAGAAAAGGUCCACGCGGAGAAUCAAGAGAGCAAGAAGAAAGAAGACAAAGGCAAUCAAGGUGAUAAAGAAGCACAAGCGAAUGGAAACGAAAAGGAGAAUGGGAAUGGGAAGCAGAACAGCAAGAGAGAGAAGAAGAAGGAGGAAGAGGAAGAACCAGAGGAGGAACUGGCAGAAGAUCGAUGGUAUCAGGAAAAAUUACGAAAGCUUCAAAGCGACGAAGCAAACAUUGGCAUUGAUCCAGAAGAGGAUGGUGCAGUCAACUUGCCCACCGAAGAAGUUACACGCACAUUCAGUGUUGAAUCGAUCGAUUAUCCACACCCAUUGGGACUACAUCGCGUACACAAGUGGAAAGAGGAUCAGAUGGAUAAAUUACUUGAUUGGUGUCCGGAAUAUAGAUUAUGUUCUGUAUCACAUCACGGGAAGGAGUUUCCAACUUUUGCAGACGGAGGAGUGGGAUGGUAAUAUGGUAUGGGAUGUCUGGUAAAUAAGGAUAGGGGUUCGGCUAUUUUAUGUCAAAAGGUCUUCAUUGUAUAUGAUAUGGAGUUACAGGUGCUUAUUAGAUAGACUAAUUAUUAGUUACA